GGCACAAUAAAAGAAAAUUAAUGAAUUAGAGCCCACGGCAGAAAUUGAAAUUUACCCUUCUUCUCUUCUCCGAAAUCUGUUCUCCGGCGAACCGGAAGGAAACUCCGAGAAGAGGAACGGCGAGAAUGUCGUCAUCAUCGAGUAGCGGCUUGACAUUUAAGCUUCAUCCUUUGGUGAUACUCAACGUAUCGGAUCACUACACUCGUGUCAAGUCCCAGUCUCAACCUCCUCCUUCCCACUCCUCUAACGGUGCCGAUUCCCCUUCCGUACCUCCUAGGGUUUUCGGUUGUGUCAUCGGCGUACAGAGUGGCCGUACUGUCGAGAUCUUCAACAGCUUCGAACUUCUCUAUGAUCCCGCUACUCACUCCCUCGACCGCGCUUUCCUCGAGAAGAAGCAGGAGCUCUAUAAGAAGGUUUUCCCUAACUUUUAUGUACUGGGAUGGUAUUCAUCGGGGAGUGAUGCACAAGAAUUGGAUAUGCAUAUUCACAAAGCUUUGAUGGAUAUCAAUGAAAGUCCUGUGUACGUGCUUCUCAAUCCUUCCAUCAAUCAUGCACAGAAGGACCUGCCACUUACUAUCUAUGAAAGUGAGUUGCACGUCAUUGAUGGCAUCCCACAACUUAUUUUUGUCCAAGCAAGCUACCAGAUAGAGACUGUUGAAGCUGAACGGAUUUCUGUUGAUCAUGUUGCUCAUCUUAAACCAUCUGAUGGAGGUUCUGCUGCAACUCAGUUGGCUGCCCACCUUACUGGCAUACAUAGUGCCAUUAAGAUGCUGAAUAGCAGAAUCAGAGUGCUACAUCACUAUCUGCUUGCAAUGCAAAAAGGUGAUAUCCCCUGUGAUAAUUCACUUUUGAGGCAGGUCUCUAGUCUUUUAAGAAGAUUACCAGCUAUAGAGUCUGAGAAAUUUAAAGAUGAUUUCUUGAUGGAGUAUAAUGACACAUUAUUAGUUAGUUACCUCGCCAUGUUCACCAACUGCUCUAGUACAAUGAACGAGCUUGUUGACAAAUUCAACACUGCAUACGAAAGGCAUAGUAGGAGGGGCGGCCGAACUGCUUUUAUUUGAAAGUUAAUGUAUUGUCGAGAUUGCUUUCUUGCCCUUAUUGAGUUUCCUCUGUGGCAAGUAGCCACAUCUUUGCGAGUUUAGGAAUCACAUGUAUGGAAUAUAGGAAUCGAAGUAGUAACUUUAGUUUUUUCUUUUGCCUCAGUUUUCGCUUCCCCAUAUGUUAUUUACCUGCGAUUCUUGUGGGCACAAUUAUGGACGUGCCAGAAAGUGGUUGAGGUUUUCGUCUUUAGAUGUUAGAAGCUUUUAAUCAGAGAAUGUUUUGGUCCAGUUCUUACCCGGUUGGUUGCAGUAAUGUUUUGCAAGUACUGAUUUUACUCGUA